AUGCGUCCUACAACAGCACGGUCAAGUCGAUCAUCCCUACAUCAUCCUCGGUCAUCCCCGAUCCCAACCCCAUCGACGACGUCGUCCGUUUACCAACAACAGCCACAACAACAAAUUUUGUAUGCUCCCAUCAGUAAACCAAUGGUGACCCUUCAGCCAUGUGGAACAGCACUUCACCCUUCAUGCGUUUAUCCAACCGUUCAACCUCAUGUCGAGUCGUCGAAUUCUGCCCCUAUACAUCUUCCAGGUAAGAACAAUCAAUGGCAUACCAAAAACAAGUCGUCUCACGGCCAGCAACAUUACCAGCAACAGCAUCUCUACCCGAAGAUGAUGCUCCUCGACCAACAUCCCGCCAAAGUUCCUUCAGCGAUCCCUCCGUCGACCACGUCCUUCUUAGUAGCCUCCUCCACGUUCACUCAUGGUCCCAUGUCCGGCGAGCACUAUAACAAUACUUCUGGAGUGACGCAUUUGUUACCACAACCCUACUUUAAACCACCAGACGUGCAGCAAACCUUCUGCCUCAUCCAAGACCGACAGAAUGCUCAGCAGCAACAGCAACACCCAAUACAGGCUUCCUAUUAUAAUAUCUCGGCCACAAACGCCUGCAGCCUACAAACGGUCAACACCAGCUCAUCCUUCCCGCUUGCCAGCAUUAGUCCUUACAGCAGUCUGGCUACCUUCACCAAUAAUCAGUUCCCAACAUCGGUGCAACCUUCUCCGCUCUUCUCGAGUUCACCUGUAGGUCUAGUCUUCGCCUCGUCGCGGGACAAGUCUUUGCCGUUGCCCACGCUGGAAUUUCCCUCGUUGAAGCACAGUGCGAGCAAGACACCCAGCGUAUGCGAAUCCCGACUCAUCCCGAUCGGUGCCAACGAGACGACCAGCGAUUGGCCAUCUCAAGUCGAGAUAUCCAAGAAUUCCUACGACCUACAGACUGAAAAUAAUAGCAAGAACCUCAAUUCCUUGCAGAAGACUAUUUCCAGCGUCACAAAAACCGACGAGGAGCAUUACUCCGACGCGUCCUCUACCAGUUUUGAUUUCACCAUCGAGGCUGAAAAGAUGGUCUCCGCUCUGUGCAACACCACGUCGUCGAAUGACCUGAACAAAGAGGAAUCGAAAACCACCAAGAUCGACUCCACGCCGUUGUUCAGCGGCGCGGGAGACAACGUGUCCAAUAAGACGGCUUGGUUCACCGACUUUUGCUCCGAAUAUGAAAACAGAACAUCGGUAGGCGUCCAAACGGGUGGCCUGUGCGUCGAUAGCUCGCAGUAUCCAGAGCUGAUCCGAAAAACGGCUUAUUGGGGCUGCACUGAGGCUGAGAUCGUUCUCGGCUGCGACAAUAUGCAAACGGAUCCCAAACGGGACUGGUUAACGUGUUUGUCAUCCGCCACCAAGACUGCGAUCACAAAAUCUUCGACAUGUAUUCCGGUGUUUGCCGGAGACCGAGUUUUCGCCGACGACCUCAUAAACGCUCUCUUGCGCAUCAGCAACGGAUGGCUGAGUCUCGACAACUACCUGAACAAGCAACACUUCCCUAACUUGUUAGACCGACUGGAUCCCGAGUUUAUUACGUGCUUUCACGCAUGGGAGGAAAACACGCAUGAGUUACUGAAGCAAAUAGUGCAAACUUUCGAAAAGUUUAGCGAAAACAACGAAGCGUCAUCAGACAUCGAGAAAUGCAAGGAGAUCCGUAGCUCGUCCUCGUUUCCGGGCGACGUGUCGCUUUAUACAAACUACGAUCUCUUCGCACCGUUACCCGUGACUUCCCUUCUUCAGCAGAACGCAGCCGAGAAAGCGCCUUCUCAGGAAGCCUCGUAUAACGCGACGAUAACACCGCUAUCGAGUAGCCUGCUCAGCUUUCAGUACAAUUCCGGUCAACAAGAACAUCACUCGGCGUGCAACAAGGAGAGCAAAUUGCGAAGCAAGUGGACGAUCACCGAGAACUUGUCACCUGUCAUCAACACCACAAAAUCUGUACCCAAUAUCUCCGCGUGCCAUGCCAAUAGCGCAAGUGGUCUGAUGAGCAACAAAUUUCGCGCCAAGGACACGUCCUCGUCCAAGAGGUUCGAUUUCACUCAGACGUCGUUGAAUGCUGAAUUCUGCCAGCUGAGGAAUAAAGUAAUGGAGAGCAAUGCAGACGUGACGAAAGAUAGAAGGCAGGACUAUAUGUCUGAGACUAAACUGUCGGCGUUCACCAAUAACACCGAGUCCAUCAGACUGCAGAAUCCAAUGACAAGCAACUCUAUCAGUUAUAGAAGAUUGUACGCUCAGAACUGUAUGUCCUUCAUAUUUCCUGUACCUGGUCAAUCGGACUCUUCGUACCUCGCGUCCAAUCCGAGGGUCCUGACGUGCACAGGAGCCAAUUAUCCAUUACAGAACCCUUAUUCGAUCAUUGAUUCUAGAAGCGGCAAGAAUCCCGAGCAGCUUUGCGGGAUCAAAAACGCGACUGCCAAUCCCGUUUACGUCGGCAAGUCGCAAGUCGACCAGAUCGGGCUCCCAGCAGUGCCUAGGAACAAGGUGACCCUGCUCAGUCAGAUCGAGCCGAGGACACUCGAUAAAGAGUCCAAGGAGAUGGCGGCCAAUCUGUCAGCCUGGUUCGCCAGCAUGCGGAACGCGCAGCUUCCAACGGCCGUGUCGGCCUUCGAGCAGACGAAGAUGAACGAGAACGCGACGCAGCGAUUGUUCGCUAAACAGGAACCGUCCAAGUACUCGUCGAUUGUGUACAAGCAAUCGCAGCUGGAUGCGAAUCGGCAGUUCCAGGCGCUGCAGAACUUGCCGAACAUUCAGAGCACACCCUGGGCUGCCGGCAGCUUCAUCAGCGGCCGUCCACGGCAGCAACACGUGCCCGAGGAGUACGACAGUUCGGAGGACGUGCGGGUGUACAUGAAACCAGGCAGCUACAAUGUACCGAAAAAACGGCAUCAGAGGAGACCCAAUCGUCGAUCAGACAAUAACGUGACGUCACGCAACGUGCACACGAGCAAUCAUCGUAACGUGUGUAGUAACAAGUCGAAGAGUGUAUCGAUACCCGCGUCAUCGACGCCUCUGUCGCAUCUAAGCACGCUCACUUUGCCCGUCAACAACACCACGCUGAUCAGGAGCUCGUUUCCAUCGGCUUCGCAGCUGCCUGCUCCUCUUUUCAAUCUCGAGAAUUCACCCAGAAUCCUGAAACGCACGGAAUUUCUAUCUCAGGAUGCCCAUCGGGACGUCACGUGGAAGGCAGCCUGCGCCUCGGCCGAGAUACUUCUCGAGGCACUCAAUGUCAAGGACUGCGCCAAUACGUCCAAGAAGAUCGAUCGCGAUUCCAGCACCGAGAAAGACGAUAAGAACGAAGACAAUGCUGAUGUAUUACCAUUGACGUCACAGCAGCGCGAUCCGAAAUUGACGAAGCGUAGCGACGUCGACUGUGCCUCGUCCUACGAAGCCUCGGAAGACGAUUCUGGCUCCACGUGUAGACUGUCAGCCAGCACGAGUGUCAUGUCAGUGCCGCAGUCGUGCGACAACGAGAAUACAUGUUCAAUAGCUCUCAGUGCAAAAACCAACGUGAAGACGGACUCCUGGUUAAUAAGGACUCUCAAUAACGCGAGUAUCGGCAAGCAGAAACAACGUAAGGACAGUGCAGAUCGAGGGAGUUCUGAAUCUUCAAGCAGCUCAGUAAUCGCGAAUGUAAAGUCAAAUCAAGGUGCAUCGUUAUCGACUGCGGAUACGGAUUCAAAGAUUCCGGCAACGAUCAUUGAUGACGAAUACCCAGCAAUCUUCUCUCGCGAACACAUCCCACAUUCUUCCUCAAUAAACGACGAAACGUCAGCGAAGGAAUCGGAAGGUCUUGUUGGAAGAGCCACGUACUCGGAAACGGUGCGGAGAUCCAUUAGAUCGGACAACGCACAUUUGAGCAGGAAAGAGUCGUACAAAGCGAGCAAUGCAUCGGUGGCUUGUGGUACUAUGAUACCGAUUCCCGGCCGGAAGUGUCAAAGGAAAGACCCUGAACAAUCUUACCAGCUUCUGCACAAAUCGCAAAGAUCAACUGACAAAAAAUCAGUGGAAAAUGUGGACAGCAGCGAUAUCCAGUUAGAGGAAGGAUCAUGCGCGAAAUUCGGCAACGCCAAGUCAAAGAACGCAACGUCAACAUCAUCGAGCACCAUAAAGACCUUUGGGAAGAAGAAGGAUUUGGAACACUCGGGGGGCUCUUCAAAGUGCGCCAAUAAAUCAGGCGAUCGUGGCUGGUCAGUGUGGUACAGUUCCAGAAGAAAACAGAGUCUCAGUCCUCUGGCACUCAGCAAACUGGAAAUGAUUUAUCAGAUUGUUUGGAAAAUGGACGAAGCUAAAAUUUUUAAGUAUCCAAUUUCGUGUGGCAAUAAGGAUGGUCAACUUGCAGCCGCAGGAAUGGAUAACUUCCAAAUAAAAGAUAAUUACUGCAAGACCGUUAAGAGUCCGAUGUUUCUCGAGAUCAUCGAUUACAAGCUAAAGAACCGAAUUUACCACAAGGUCGAAUACGCUGUGAAAGAUUUCCGUCAUAUUAUUCAAAACGCGAGAUCGUAUAAUCAGCAUGACGACGAACGAACAAGGAAAAUCGAGGUGUUCUCGAAGAAGCUGGAGGACUUAUUCGAGGAACAUUUUAGUAAUUGGGAUUUAGGUAACAUCAUUACCGGUAGUCCGAGGGAAGACGCAACGGUACAAGUGCGAUGUAAGACCUCCGGACAGAAAUUGAUGACAGGGCGUUGCGACAACAUGAAAAAGAGUACUACUUCGUUGAGCAUUGCGGAGGAGAAUAUUUCACUCCACUGACACAUGUCUCGUCGAAACGAGAACAUCCAAAUCAGCUGAUCGAAUCAUAUUCUCUGCUAACGCAAUUAGCAUUACCAUUGAUUUGCAUCGAUGAAGCAUUGUAUGUAAUAAUCUCUU